CUUGCGACCCAAGGGAAACUGGUCGACCAUUCUUUGUGCUUUGCGACUUGACAGCGUCGUAAAACUCUUUCUAUUUCGCAGCAAGGGGGUUUUUGUUGUGCGCGGGCGACUAUGGCAAAGAAGAAGAGCAAGCAAACUACGGUUGAAGAUGUCGGCGAUGGCGUGUCUAGUGAGAGCGCAUCGCAGUCCUCUUCCAAUGGCUCAUCCAAGAACUCAGUCUCCAGGCGAUCGGCAAACGCAGCGGCUGAUACUGCUCCUGCGCUCAUAAUAUGUCGCAACAAGCAUUGGCGCUUCAUCUCUUCGUUCCACGGCCCGUGGCUCCAGAUGCCUAUUGAGAUCCUCGAAACCAUUGCGAACAUCAACUACAACACCCCGGCACCCCGUCCGAUCGACCCCGCCGUCUUCUUCGACCUCCUCAAGAUUCGCCGAUUAGUAGACGAGGCGACUAACCUGGCUGUCCGCGCUGCUAGCGACAUCGCGACACCAACCUUGACGAACGUACAUGGCGGACUUAACGGACACAUGUCGUCGUUAGGUUUUGGCGUCGGGAAUGGUCACGGGACAAAACUGAGCAAAGAGCGGAAAUUUCGAAUGAGAGAGCAGGCGAGCCAGAAGCUAGCCCGCGCAUAUCGUUUGGAUGAAAUCGCUUGCAGUGUCGCUACUAUGCAAGGUGCUUCAACUCUUGAGGAGAUCGGUUCCCUAGUGUUACAGCGCAGCAGAGAUGAUCCCGAUGCGAGAUACGUUCACUUCUUCCACGAGAAGAUACCCUCGCGACAGCUGGCCGAGUGUACCAGCCUAGCGCCCUUGGAUAACAUUAUAUCGGUGCACCCGACCGAAGCUGAGGUGCUGCGGACCAGAGCGACUGUCAGAAUAUUUAAGGACGACUACAUAGGGGCCGCUUCGGACUUGAGUCUCGCUCUGCAAGUGCACCGCUAUCAUCAGCCACCUCAUGCGGCACUAGCUUCCCAGGAACCUAGCAGCUUGGAAACACAGCUGUUAUUUCAAAGAGCAGGAGCGUACUUGACUAUUGCCUGCCAACACGUAGCCGCUGGUCUUCCGGAUACUCCUGCGAACGGAGACACUGGUCGGGCCAAUGGCGCGAACGGAGCUACCACCUUAGACAAGAUCGAUGGGCAGAGCCCGGAAUUGAUGACGGCGGACAAGGAGGCAGCGCACAUACGGUUGGAGAAACGGAAAGUGGUGAAGACGUACGCCAAAAAGGCCCUUCGGGACUACAUGGCCUAUCUGUCAAACUUCCACUAUACGCCAGAUCAACCGCUCAAGAUCGCCCGAGAUUUUACUGAAAAAGUGAACCUUGCGGCGCAAGGCUAUCGGAAUCCUCGUGUUCCGGACUCGGGAAGCAUACCUCCCUAUAAGGCGUUCGCCUUGUCUGAACUCUUUGCCGCUGUUCCACCUGCAGACAUUCCGCCAUACCCUUCUCAGGAGUUGGUCCGCUCGUCAGGACCUGUACAGCCGAACAACUACGAAACUAUCACCUACCAUCCCCUACUCACAGAGGCCCUUCAUUCUUUACUACUCUGCCACUGCUUGGUACAGACUUCUACAAAAGAGCUUCUACGCCACGCACACAUGGUUGCCCGUCUCGCUCGGCUCGCGGACGGUUACCCGCUGUUCCAAGCGAGUAGGUCUCCAGCGAGGGCAGACUGGAUUGAGGUGCUGCGCCGGGCGGAAAACUGGAUCCAAAUGAGUGCUUCCUGGGAACAUUUGUGUGCCCCAGCACCGCUCCCGAUUCUUGAUGGAUCGCUUGGCGUGCAGCAGGACACAUCCCAUUCGUCUCAUAACGCCGCCGCCCUUGCAGCCGCUGCGAUUACAAGGGAUGCCAGCACGUUACCAGACAUUGGCGAGACUGAGGAACAGCGAAAGGAGAGAAUUAGGCAGCAGGCUAUUAUGGACGCGCUUGAUGAUGAUCGAGUUGUCGACGAGGUUACACUUCGUGCGGCCAUCACUGCUCGUCAGAAACGCUCUGAGGAGGAUCACGAGUAUUUUAUGAGUUUGAAGAAUAGCUCGAACGGGAAGUCUGAGACUGCAGAAACUUCCCCUGCGCUGCGCCGAUGGAGCGUUGACGAUGGAAGGGAGUACCCCAUACUCACUGAGCGCGCAGCCGCCAUCGCCAAGUGGAUUCUCGAGGCGCCGCCCGUAAGCCUCGGGACUGCGAAGCGCAAGAAGAAGACCACCUCAAAGAAGGGCAAGGAGGUUGCCAACGAAGAAGCUGGUGUCAAUGGCUUGGCCAACCUAGCGAUCAACGAGACCAGUCGGACGGUUGAUGCUGCCGCUUAAGAUCGGGCUUCUUGCAUGAUGGACAACUUGGAUCUCAUUGGUUGAAGCGACCUAGUAUAGAUUCAGCGUAUCCAAUACACACAGCGAGUUGUCCACAGUGACAAUGAGGGUCAAAGUUCCAUCAACUACCAUGGCUCCUUCACAUCAAAUGACCAACCGUGUCCAUUUGUGGCUCUCUUUAGUCUUUUCUACACAAUCCUCCUAGGCUGUACAUCUAUCCAUUCGAAGUAGCGAGGACCAAGACUACGAGAAAUGCCCACCGUGACUUAAAGAGGCGAUCUCCGGCAAGUACAGCCGUCAGAAGCUCAGUAGUAGACGAGGAUACCAUUUUCUCGUCCUCGCACUGA